UUGCCUUUGGCCAAAAAAAUAAUAAACUUGCAAAUGCUAGUAUUUUGAAUUCAUGCUUCAUUUCUUUUUUUUUUUUUUUAAUUUAAAAAAUUUCCCCUUCAUUUCCUAUUUACUAGUUUCUACUACCGCUUGAAACGAUGCCGUAAGACAAUUGCCGAGCUAUUUUCUCCAUUGAAAUCACAUUAUUGAUAACGUAAAAACGUGGCAAAAUGGGAGGGAAGGAAACAAGGAAGCUCCCAAGGAAAUGGAAAUGGCAGCAACUCAACGAUGUCCUUGUUCUUCCUUCAUCUUCUUCACCCAACAACAAAAGACCAACCUCCAUAAUCUCAUUCAUUUCCCAUUUUGCUCUCUUUCUCACCCUCAUUUACGCCGUCGUUUCAGCUCAUAUGCAGCCAGAGAUAGCAGCAGCACUAGUAGAAGAAGAAGAAGCAGCAGCAAGUGGGACUCUAAUGCUGAGACAAUUCGUGCCAAAGGUUUCAACACCCAAAACGACGACGACGGUGACGAGGAUGAUGAUUAUGAUGAAGAAACGGCAAGUUCUGGGAUUUUGGAUGAAGCUAUUGAUACCAUUUGGAUUUUGAAGGUUUUCAAAUCCUUUGGUUGGACGCUACCGCCAAUUUUACUUUCCUUGUUAUUUGCUACGGGCCCAAAAGCUUUCCUCAUGGCACUAUCACUUCCACUUGGGCAGUUAGCCAUAACGUUGGCCUACGAAAAGUUAUUGGGAAGGUCUCAAAGCAAGCAGAAGCGUAAGGCCAGGGUGAGGAAAAAAACCAAAAGUACAUCUAGGAGCACUCUGAAAAAAGUUAAAAUGGAGGAAGAGGUACAACAAGACCAAAAGAGCAGAAAGGGGACGAAGGAUUAUCAAUCAUGGGUAGUUACUGAUGAUGGUUCUGUCAAUGAAGGUGGAACCAGCCUUGGUGGGUGGGAUGAACAUGAGCUAGAUGGAAUGGGGAUCAAUGAGAAUGUCAUCAACAAUGGCAAGUGGCUCAAAAAGGACAACAAAGGAGAAGGGCAAGUUGAGUAUGAAAGAAAGUGGAAGUGAUGAACUGUUGCUGUUGAGAUUAUUGAUUGCUGUUUUCCCAUUUUUAGGUUCUUGGACUAAGUUGUU